CCAUCGAGAACAAAUAAACUUAUGUCACGUAUCACAAACACUGAUUUUUAUGAAUAAUUCACGAUACGAGGCUGAAGAGAAUAUUUUAGUUUAUAAAAAUAGUCAUAUUUCACGUACAAGGACAAAGAAGAUAAAUUUAAUUAGUUUAACAAAAGUGGAAAUAAAAAUAAUUUUAUAUAUAUAUAUCUUCUAAUAAAAAUCGAUAUAAGAUGCAAAUAAAUAUUAUACGUAUUUUAUUUAUUUUUUGUACGAUAUUCACGGGUAUUGUUGGACUACUAAUCUAUUACAUGGAAUCUUAUUUACCUAUUUUUUUAACUCGUACUUAUCGUUAUGGUAAAUAUUCUGUUAAUAUUUAUGAACCAAUAGUUGCAAAAACAGAAGUACCUAGAAAAUGGUUUAAACAUUUUUAUAUUUUUGCUGCACCAGCUUCAAGUUAUGUACUAUACUUAGUUAUUUGUAUAUAUUUAUGGGAGUAUAAUAUCUCCAAAAAUAUUAUAUGGAUAUUAGAUAUAUGUCUGGGAUCAUUUAGACAACCAUUAGUAUCAUCAGAAAGUACAUUUACAGCAAUUCUACUUUUAACUUUUCAUUGUUGGAAACGAUUAUAUGAAACAUAUUAUAUAAAUAUCUUCAGUGAAAAGAAAAUGAAUAUACUUCAUUAUAUAAUUGGAUUUUAUCAUUAUAUAGGAACCUUAAUAUGUAUUAUAAGUGAAUCUGAAGGUUUUGUUGAAGAUUCAAAAGGAAAUUUUACUUGGAAUAAAAUUACAUAUUUUCAUUUAUUAUGUUCAAUUAUUUUUAUAUUAUCAACAUAUGUACAACUUAAGUCAAAUUUUAUUCUUCGUAAAUUACGAAAAAAUGAAGAUGGAAAGAUUAAUUCUACAAUAUAUAAAAUACCACAUGAUGGUCUGUUUGAGUAUGUAUCAGGUGCAUUACAAAUUACAGAGAUAAUUAUUUAUAUAACACUUUCUAUGAUUUUAUGGCAAAGUUCUACAUUUCAUUAUGUUACAAUUUGGGUCUUAUGCAAUCAGACAUGGACUGCGAUAUUGACUCAUCAAUGGUACAUGCAAAAAUUUAAAAAUUAUCCAAAAUCUCGAAAAAUUUUAAUUCCUUUUAUUUUUUAAGUAAUAUAAAAUUUUUGAUAUUAUACAAUAUUAUUAUAAAAAUCAUAAUAUUAUUAAACAUUAUUAAAACAUAUAAUAAAUAAUUAUAAUUAUAAGCAUUUUAAAUAAUGUUCGUAUAUAUUUAAUUAAACCAUAAAGAGUUGUAUUACUGGAAUAUUGAAAUAAAGAGUUUGUAUUUUAAUAAUAUAAA